AUGUCUUCCCAAAACACAGACACCAACACCCAACAACCCGGCCUCGUCGCCGGCCACGCCGAGUACAUCAAGGGCGCGGCUGAGGCCGCCAUCGGCAGCGUCACAGGCUCGCACGCGUGGAUUUCUUCAGGAGAGCAGGACAAGGCCCACGCUGCGUCAACGAUGAAGGCUGCUGGUGAGCAGCGUGAUGCGUCGGCGCAGGGGUAUGGCAAGGCUGAGGAGAUUGCUGGAAAGGCGUUCGGGUGUGAGGGGAUGAAGACGGAGGGUGCUGCUGGCAAGAAGGAGUAG